GCAAGCAGACGGGAUAGUCAAAAUGAAGAUUUCGGCAGCCCUGAUCCUUCUUGUAGUGCUUCUGGCAGUUUUCACUGAUGCCUCGCCAAUUGUGCAAGAAAAGCAAGCCAAACAGAUUCUGCGAACAAAGCGCUCAGAGAGGGAGAGGAAAGCUGGACACCCUGAUGAGCCAAUGAGGGAGUAUAUGCUGUAUCUCCAGCGUCUGGAGCAGAGAUCAGAGGAACAAUUCUAUGAGCAUUGGUGGAACCCACACUGCCAGCCUCACUGCAAUCGCAACCUCGUCCAUCCUGUUUAAUAGCAGCAGGACAA